UAUUUGAAAUCACAAAACGUCACUAUGUUUGGACAACAUCACGCUUGCAGUCGCUAAAGAAACAAACCCCAAAACAGCCAAAUGGGCGCGUUUUAUUGCUCUGUCUGCAGAAAAACAGAUUUUUCUGGAAAAGGACACAUUUAUGGGAAAAGCCACCAGAGCAAACUUAAAGUAAUUCUAGUCAAAUUCACGGAAAAGGUCAAAGAAGCACGGCGGACCAUUAAAAAUCCUCAGGUGGAGAAAUACAGUCCCCAUCAUGAGGAGAAGUUCUGGUGUUACUGCUGCGCGCUGGAGGUGCAGAAACACGUGACUGACAGUAACAUCAGUGUGCUGUACGGAGGACUGCUGGAGCACAUGAGCACCCCAGAGCACCGGAAAAACACACACAAGUUCUGGUGGGACAAUAAAGCAGAGCCCAAACUGCGAGACAAGUUUAUCAUAACAGAAGAGGAAACAGAGAGAUUCAAGUCUGAGGUUUCCAAGGCUCUGGAACAGUUUGAGGAAAAAGAGGAUGUGCUUAUUAAACAGCAAGCUGCAGUGAUCCGAUCCCAGGAGCAGCACAGACUGGAGGUCCUUCAGUCAUUAUCAGAGCCUGAUCCAGAACUGGUACAACCUGCUGAAGUGGACCAGCACAGCAGUAAACAUGCAGCCAGAAGUUCCCACAGUCGCUCUUAUGAAGCGGAGGCACAACCCGGACCGAGCCACGAGGAUUUCGCCUCACACAGUCAGUGGAAUGAACCAGAACUCGGUUUAACUUUCAUUGGUUACCAGGACUCAACCAGCAGUGGAAAUGUUCAUACCGGAGCUGUACCGCCGUGGCUACUUGAGGAUCCUGAUGAAGCCUUAAGCAGUGGACAGCAGGAAAUGGGCCCCUCACUUCAGGAGUUCCUCAAACACAAAGAGCAAGAGAAGCUCAAGAAGCUUCCGCCCAACCGCGUGGGUGCAAACUUUGACCACGGCUCACAUACUGAUGCCAACUGGCUGCCAUCUUUUGGACGUGUGUGGAAUAGUGGCAGGCGCUGGCAGUCUAGGCAUCAGUUCAGAGAAGAGGAGGCAAAAACUAGGGGAAAGAGGAAGAGGGAAGAUGAUGGGAAAGCAACAAAGAAGCAAAAAGACCUCAGUAAUGGAGACUUAUGAAAUGGAUGCCCCAAAUAUACUG